CUAGGGAAAUGCUGGCAAAGAGCCCUGGCGGCAAAAGGCUCUGCAGAGCCUGGAACGUUACUUCUACUUGAUUGCUUUUAACUACUAUCUCCACGAGCAGCACCCCCUGGCUUUUGCCCUCAGUUUCAGCCGCUGGAUGUGCGCCCACCCGGAGCUGUACCGGCUGCAGGUGAAGGGGAACCCAAUGGAGGCCACCAUUGCCAUGGAGCUGGCUGCCCAGGAUGCCUGGCUACUGGUGGCCGACGAGUCCUUCUCCCCCGAUGUGCUGAGCACGGCGCGCCAAAUGAGUGUGGCCAACUUCCGGAGGGUAGCCAAGAUGCCCGUUUACGGCAUGGCCCAGCCCAACGCCAAGGCCAUGGCCAGCGUCCUAGCCUACCUGACUGACUCCAAGAGGAAGCAUCAGCGCGUGAACUGGAUCAACCUUCGGGAAGAGGCGGUCGUGGAGUGCGAUGGGCUGACCUACACGUUGCGGGAGAGGGGGGACCUGACAGAACCCAUUCCUGGGCCUGCCACAUUCUCCCCUGAGCAGCUAGAGAAAUUGGAGGCCCAGCUAAAGGCCAGGGUGCUGGCCUCCCCUCAGCGGGUGGAGUGGCAUCCCAGUCGGGAAAAGCAGAAGCCAUUGCAGACGUGCCUGACCAUGCAAGACAUUUUCAGCCAGAGCCGAGACCUCUCCUAUCAGCGCCUUCCCAUCCCAGACUUCUGCGCCCCUAGGGAGCAGGAUUUUGACCGUCUCCUGGAGGUGAUCAGGGUGGCCCUGGCUAAGGACCCCAGUACCAGUUUUGUGUUCAGCUGCCUGAGUGGCCAGGGCCGGACCACGACGGCGAUGGUGGUGGCUGUACUCACCCUGUGGCACAUUAACGGUUUCCCUGAGAUGGGGGAGGAGGAGAUUGUGAGCGUGCCUGAUGCCAAGUACACGAAGGGAGAGUUUGAGGUGAGUGACCCCUCAAGGCCCCCCCCCCAGGGACUGUGUCCAUUGUGA